AGAGCUGAGCUAUAUCGAAGGCUUGUCGGGGCCCAUACUGCCUGCGCUCAUGAACUCGCAUAGUAUCAGCAGGCUGAUUCUCAACAGGUGCAAUUUUGAUGGAACCAUCCCCUCAGGCAUUGGCUCCUUAGCAAGUCUCGAGUACCUCCAGCUGUCAGUGAAUCAGUUCACAGGACCAAUUCCUGAUUCCAUUGGGAACCUCUGGCAACUUCGGUACUUGGACCUAUCAUACAACCAGCUCUCUGGACCCAUCCCACCAACCCUCAGCAACCUCGGCAGACUAACACAACUGAAUCUCCAUUCCAACUAUCUGACAGACUCCAUCCCUUCGAUUAGCUCAAUGACAGAUAUGCUCUACCUGGACCUAGGCCACAACCGUCUGUCAGGAGGCAUCCCAGACCUGAGUGCCAUGACCAACCUCCAAAGCCUGGACCUAAGUCAGAACGAGCUGAAUGGAAGCAUCCCAGCGUACCUCUUCUCAUUUGCGAAACUCGACCAACUAUUGCUUAGCAUGAACCAGUUCACGGGAUCCAUCCCCACAACAAUCGACAGCCUUACCAACCUCAGACGCCUGUCUCUCGCUUUCAACCAGCUGUAUGGAACCAUACCGGCCACAACCACCAGCCAUGAUUUUCUGGUGUCAUUCGACCUCUCCCACAACUUCCUCACAGGCCCCAUCGUGAAGCCCGAUACCGGCUCCGCUGAUCUAUCCAACAACUACCUCUCAGGCGCUCUGACUGACGAGCCCACUGAUGUCUCUGUGGCCGCCAAUUGCUUCACAUUGCCUGACGGGGCUACCUGGUCGCCGCAGCGGCCCGAAUCAGCCUGCCAAGCCUUUUGCGGCAUUUCCAAGUUGAAUUCCGGUGCUGGUGGUGCUGCUUGUGGCGGCCACGGGCUGUGCUAUCCGGACGGGCCUAGCUUGGCGCCGACCUGCUUGUGCGACGCGGGGUUUGUGAAAUUUGGAGAGAUGUACUGCCUUGUUGAAGGCUCGGUUCUUGCCUCCCCAGUCGACGCGGAAAUCCUCCCCCCAGCAACCGUGCUCACCACAGGGACGAAGAAGGAAGCCAGAGGGAUGUUUACAGAAGAGCCAGUGACCCUGUUUGUGUACGAGAAAGGCCGGGAGGACCCCGGGUGCGGGUUCGAGCUGGGCUUUAAUGUCAACUUCACCUUCUCCCUCUCGCCCAAAGGCAAGGCCGUGUCCAACGGCUUUGCUUUUGUGGUGUCGGCAACAACCACGGUGGGGAGCAGCGAUGGAGUGGGGUACGGCGGGAUGGAUUAUCGAAGCAUGGCCAUCGAGUUUGACGUUCUUCAGAACAUCCAGCAUCUCGACAUGAAAGAGCAGCACGUGGGGCUGAAUAUCAACGGGCAGGACAUAUCAAUCGCCGCUGUUAAGUCCCCAUUCCCGCUGGCCAACAAGCAGGUAUACACGGCAUGGGUGAACUACGAACCUGGCGAUCCCGGCACCAUCCAGGUCUUCCUGGCAAAGGAGACAGUAGUGACGAGAACAGGGAAGAGGGCAGGGAAGAGGAUAGUAAAGCGGGUAGUGAAGAGGGCACAGAAGCCGAUGAGGCCGCUGCUGGAGAGGCGGCUGUCGCUGUGUGAUGUGCUGCAGCCGGGGCCACCGCAGGAGGAUCCGCAGGCGGAGGAUGAUGAGCCGCAGGCGCAGCAGGCGUUCUACUUUGGGUUUGUGGCGUCCACCACUGUGCAGCCGUUCAUGAGCCACGCCAUUCUCAACUCGUUCGUGCACGCAGACCUGCCUCCUCCACGCGUUUCAGUUGACGUUCCUUCAGCUCUUGGCCUGAGUCUCACAGUGAACACGUAUGCGCCGGUACGGGCGAGCCCGUUCCCGCGCUAUGUGAGUGCGGACUACCGAGUGGCGGCAGGGAAGCAGGACUCGUGGGUCUUCAGGGACCUCCACUCCUGGGACUCCGUGCCCUUCCUCGGCUGGCCCGUCAAGAACCAGAACGCCUGCAAUGCGUGCUGGGCGUAUGCAGUGGUGGCGAGCAUCGAAGCAGCAUACGGCAUCGCAACGAAUGGAGAGGCGCCACAGCUGUCAGUGGAGUCGCUCUUUGCAGCCAUGGGGCUCAGCAAAGAGGUCAAGUGCACCGCUGGAGGCUCCCCGACGGAAGCCUUUGAGAAGCUGCUUGCUCUGCCCAAAGGGGGUCUCACCUUGGACGGCAAUCCGGGGAAAAAGUAUCCUAUCCAAGGAUUCGAGCGCGCAUCCUUCAAGGGGUAUGUGGGGCUCAUGCUGGCAGUGCAGCGGCAGCCAGUGGUGGUUCACAUCGAAGCCUCUGCUGCCACGUUCGCCUCGUAUGACGGGACGUUCAAGUACCAGGACCCUGCCUGCUAUAGUGGCGACCUGAACCACGUGGUGCUGGUGGUGGGCUAUUUCAUUCUCCGGGAUGACGGCAGCCAGAGCCGCAUUGCUCCGCCGUUUUGGAUCAUCCGCAACUCGUGGGGCGAGGGCUGGGGAGACAGGGGCCACAUGCGCAUGGACAUUCAGGGAGGGGAUGGCGUGUGUGGCAUCAACGUGCUGCCUGGCAUCUACCCAAUCAUCAAGAUCCCGGGGGACCCAUGUGGCAGCAAGAGCUACAAGGGCGAUGGUGACCUGCAGCCCAGCAUGAACCCGUGCGGACGCUUUACCUGCACGGCCAUUGCACAGACGGACACCAGCAUGUGCACCUGCUCCCUUGCCUCUCAGCCCAAGCAGCCCUUUGUCCCAGUCCUUAGCAACUACGGCGCCCAGACGUGUGCCUAUGUGGACGUGUGCGGGUCGUACUUCAAGAACCCCUGUGCCGUGGGCACAUGCAUCAACGAUGGCAAGGGCUCCUACUCCUGCAUCUGCCCUCCCAACCACGUCCCCAGCCGAACCAUCGAUGACUUUCCCACCUGCGACCCAGUUAAUGCCAGUGCCACCACCAUGACAGUCGACGGAGACAAUUGGUCGUGCAGCAAUGUGCAUCCUGUGCUGGGCGUCACACUUGCACAGUUCAAGAGCAGCAACUCUGAUAUAAACUGCAACCAGCCUUUGCCUAGAGGAACGGUGCUUCAAAUUGCAGGCACUCCCUCCAUCCCCUGCACUGCCUUCUUCUACACCCUCAAUGGCGACACGUGUCAGUCCAUUGCCACCUCCAUUGGUCGCACAAAGAGCGACCUCAUGGCGCUCAACCCGGGCAUCUCGUGCACCCAGACCAUAAAGCCCGGCCGCUCCCUCUGUGUGGAGCGCAACGCCACAUACGCCUACACGGCCCCCAAGUGUGUCAAGUACGCCACACUCACAGCGCAGGACACCUGUGAGAGUCUGCUCAAGGGGUCAAAAAACCCAAAGAUUGAGCCCCACUUCUGGGCUGAGCUCUACCGCAACAACCCCGGCCUCGUCUGCUCCAACACCAUCCCUGGCUCUGCCUCGGCUGUUGGCAGCAACGUUGGCGUGCAGGUUUGCCUCAGGGCGGAGUACUGGUCGUUUGAGCUGGGAAGGUGCGACAAGGGCCGGGAAAAGACGGUGUCGCCAUCGCUCACGUGUUCCGGGCCCUAG